AGUGGCGCGGUGGUUGCUCCCUCUGCUCCCUCGGCUGGCUCCCGGGGCGCGGAGAGGAGCCGCGGUCCGGGUCGCUGCCUCAAGCUCCUCCGCUGCGCUCCUCCAUGUGCUUCGGCGUCGUCGCUCCCCUCCCUCAGGCCGCCUCUCACUCCGGGGUCUAUGGAAGUAAUGGAAGGACCCCUCAACCUGGUGUUCAGAGGACAAGGUAAAGAAGAAUUUGGCAACUCCCACAGGAAUGUUAAUCUGUUAUCUUGAAAGAAGAGCAGUUCACGGAGAGGAGUGUGGUGUGUGGAACGUACUGGUUGUUUCUGAAGAGGAUUCACCAAGGGAGAAAUUUGUACAGGGCUCAUCAACAGAGCAGACGUGCAGAUCGUUUAUUAGCUGCGGGGAAAUAUGAGGAGGCUAUUUCUUGUCAUAAAAAGGCUACAGGCUCAUUUAUCACUGGAACUGCAAAGGGAUAGCCACAUGAAACAGCUCCUCCUCAUUCAGGAGAGGUGGAAGAGGGCGAAGCGGGAGGAAAGGUUGAAAGCCCAGCAGAGCACAGACAAGGAUGCCGCUGCCCAGCUUCAGGCAUCUCACAAGCCCUCUGCUGAGGAGGCAGAAGGCCACAGUCUCCUUCUCUCUCAGAACUACAGCCCUUCCACAGAGAAACACCUGCCUGAAAUUCAGAGGGUCUUUGAUAGGGAUCCAGACACACUGCUAUUUUUACUUCAGCAAAAGAGUGAGCCAACAGAACCAUGCAUUGGAAGCAAAGCCCCAAAAGAUGAUAAAACCAUUAUAGAAGAGCAGGCAACCAAAAUUGCAGAUUUGAAGAGGCAUGUGGAAUACCUUAUGGCUGAGAAUGAAAAAUUAAGGAAAGAAAAUAAACAACUCAAGGCUGAAAAGGCCAGACUUCUAAAAGGCCCAGUAGAAAAAGAGCUGGAUGUAGAUGCUGAUUUUGUUGAAAAGUCAGAGUUAUGGAGCUUGCCACCACAGUCAGAAACUGCUACAGCCUCUUCAACCUGGCAGAAAUUUGCAGCAAGUACUGGGAAAGCCAAGGAUAUUCCAAUACCCAAUCUUCCCCCCUUGGAUUUUCCAUCUCCAGAACUACCCCUUAUGGAACUCUCUGAGGAUAUUCUGAAAGGACUUAUGAAUAAUUAAAAUGGAAGGCCAUAGAAGAGGUGAGAAGAGGAAAUAAUACAGUUAAUCCAGAAGAAACAAAAAAGGGAAAAGCACAUACAAGGGUAAUCCUGGAAACGCUUCAUUACCUGGCACCCGUGGAGAGGAGGCAGCGCAGGACUCGGGAAGCGGUCACUGUGAAAUACGCCGAGUAUCUGACUUCUGACUCAAGCUAAUGAUUCCAGACUUGGCAGACACUAACCCCUCGGAGGUUCACUUUCUCCUAAUACAAACCAAAUGGCUACCUGGAAUAAUUUUUUCAAGCAACAAUUAUUUUUCUUAUCUUCAGGGUUAAAAUGUAUAAAAGUAUGUUAUGUGUAAUUAAUCUAUAAUGCCAUAAAUGAUAAUGCAAAACAAAUAAUACGGUGGCCUGGGAGGCUGCCUUGUAUUUGAAACAUGCUUUCUAUCAUGCAUUGACUGUAUGCAUUUUGUUAUGCACAUUUCAUUUGUUUAAUAAGGUGUGUAAGACACCUUUCUAGAUGAAACUCUGUGUGCCACACUUUGCACUACUCAUAACAUAAUGAUAACCUCAAGACUAUCAGGAGAAAUAUUUAAAUUUCCAUUUUAUGAAGAACCAAAUUAUUAGUUAUGCUUUUUUAAAAAAAUUACCAGUUUACAUAAUUAAUCAGGGUGCAUUUAAGUUCUAAUUUUUUUUGUUUAUUGUAUAAUGCAUCAUUUGAAAAUACCAAGGAAAUAAUCCUUUUGUUUUUAAUGAUGCACGAGUGGAAGUAAUGCUAGUUGGCAGUAUUUGAUUGUAAGAAAUCAAUAAAGUACUUGUGUUUUAUA